AUUAAAUGGCUAUCAAAAGUGCUGGUGGAUCCAUUGUAUCUAAGAUAGCAGAAGUCUUGGUGGAACCAGCAAUCAAGCAGUUCCGAUAUAUGUUCUGUUUCAACAAUUUUGUUCAAGAAUUCAAUGAACAAAUGAUGAGCCUGGCUUUGGCACUUCAUCGUCUACAAGAUGCUGUGGAUGUUGCUAAAAGGAGUACUGAAGAGAUUGAGAUUGAUGUCAACAAAUGGCUGGAAGAUGCAAAAAACGAAAUUGAAGGUGUGAAUCGUUUGGAAAAUGAAAAAGGAAAAAAUGGCAAAUGCUUUACUUGGUGUCCAAAUUGGAUGCGACAAUUCAAGUUAAGCAAGGCACUGGAAAAGAAGACAGAGACUUUGAGAAAGCUUGAAGAAAAUAGCAAAAAGUUUCCCAAUGUGUCCCACAAAGCACCUCUUCAAGACAUAGAAUUUCUUCCAUCAGAGGGACUCACACCCUCGGAAUCGUCAAAAGAAGCUUUCGAACAGAUUAUGAAAGCUCUCGAAGAUGACAACGUCAAUAUGAUUGGACUGUACGGCAUGGGAGGGGUGGGUAAAACCACCCUGGUGAAAGAAGUAGGCAGGAGAGCCAAAGAGUCGCAGCUGUUUGAUGAAGUUUUGAUGGCUACACUAUCCCAGAAUCCAAAUGUCAUAGACAUUCAGGAUCGAAUGGCAGAUAGUUUAGGUCUGCAUCUUGACGAAAAGACUAAAGAAGGGAGAGCAGAUCGAUUAUGGCAGAGACUGAAGACAGAGAAGAAGAUGCUUAUAAUCCUGGAUGAUGUUUGGAAAGUUAUUAACUUGAAAGAGAUAGGGAUCCCAUUUGGUGAUGCUCACAGGGGUUGUAAAAUUCUUCUAACAACACGUCUUCAAGACAUAUGUUCUUAUAUGGAGUGCCAGCCAAAAGUGUUCUUAAGUCUCUUAUCAGAAAAUGAAGCAUGGGCUUUGCUCAAAAUCAAUGCAGGUUUACGUGACGCGGACUCUACCUUGAACACAGUGGCAAAGAAGGUUGCGAGAGAAUGUCAAGGGCUGCCUAUAGCACUUGUGACAGUGGGAAGGGCUCUGAGAGAUAAAUCUGCUGUUGAGUGGGAAGUAGCAUCCAAAGAGCUCAGAAACUCUCAAUUUCGGCACAUGGAACAAAUUGGUGAACAAAAAAAUGCAUAUUCAUGUCUUAAGUUGAGCUAUGAUUAUUUGAAGCACGAGAAAACCAAGUUAUGUUUCUUGCUAUGCUGUUUAUUUCCAGAAGACUACAACAUUCCAAUUGAGGACUUGACGAGAUAUGCAGUUGGCUACGGGUUACAUCAAGAUGUGGAGUCCAUUGAAGAUGCAAGGGAAAAAGUUCAUGCGGAAAUAAAAACCCUCAAAGAUUGUUGUAUGCUGUUAGGCACUGAAACUGAAGAGCAUGUGAAAAUGCAUGACUUGGUUCGUGAUGUUGCUAUUCAGAUAGCAUCAUCUAAAGAAUAUGGAUUCAUGGUAAAGGCAGGCAUUGGGUUGAAGGAGUGGCCAAUGUGCAGUAAAAGCUUUGAAGGUUGCACAGCAAUUUCGUUAAUGGGCAAUAAAGUAGCAGAACUUCCCGAAGGAUUGGUAUGUCCACAGCUCAAAGUUGUGUUAUUAGAACUGGAUCGUGGUUUGAAUGUUCCAGAGAGGUUUUUUGAAGGGAUGAAAGAAAUUGAAGUUUUGUCUCUAAAGGGAGGGUGUUUGUCAUUGCAGUCACUUCAAUUCUCAACGAACCUUCAAUCGUUGCUGUUGAUGGAGUGUAAAUGCAAGGACCUCAUUUGGUUGAGAAAGCUGCAAAGACUUAAGAUUCUUGGUUUUAUAGGGUGCGACUCCAUUGAAGAAUUACCUGGUGAAAUGGGGGAGCUCAAGGAGUUGAGGUUGUUGGACGUGACAGGUUGUAGAAAUCUAGGAAGGAUUCCCGUGAAUUUGAUUGGAAGUUUGAAGAGGUUAGAAGAACUGCUAAUCGGGUGUUACAGCUUUAAGGAAUGGGAUGUCGUUGGGACAAGUAGGGGAGGAGUGAAUGCGAGCCUAACAGAACUAAACUCGCUGUCUCAUUUAGCUGUAUUAUCAUUGAGGAUACCGAAGGCUGAAUGCAUUCCCAGAGAUUUUGUUUUUCCCAGGUUGCUCAAAUAUGAUAUUUGGGUGUUAGGGAAUGGGUAUUCAGAACUUGAUAAUGAAUACCCAACUGCAAAGACAAGAUUAUAUUUGGGUGAAAUCAGCGCCACAUCCUUAAAUGCGAAGACAUUUGAGCAGUUGUUUCCUACUGUGUCUCAAAUUAGUUUUCGUAGAGUGGAGGGUUUAGAAAAUAUAGUAUUGUCCUCUGAUCAGACGACCACCCAUGGCCAUGGGUCGCAAAAGGACUUCUUGCAAAGAUUAGAACAUGUCAAAGUGAAUGGAUGUGGGGAUAUUCGCACUCUGUUUCCAGCUAAAUGGCGGCAAGCUUUGAAAAAUCUAAGGGGUGUGGAAAUUAAAGACUGUAAAUCAUUGGAAGAGGUUUUUGAAUUGGGUGAGGCUGAUGAAGGAAGCAGCGAGGAGAAGGAGCUGUCGUUGUUGUCAUCUUUAACAGAGUUACAACUGUCCUGCUUGCCUGAGCUCAGAUGUAUAUGGAAGGGGCUCACCGGGCAUGUCAGCCACCAAAGUCUUGCUCAUCUGAAUUUGGAUUCUCUCGACAAACUGACAUUUAUCUUCACACCGUCCCUCGCUCAAAGUCUACCACAGCUAGAAACACUCAAGAUAAGAAGUUGUCGUGGAUUGAAGCAUCUUAUCAGAGAAAAUGAUGAUGAAAGUGAAAUAAUUCCAGAGUCUCUUAGCUUCCCAAAGUUAAAAACUCUCCUUAUAGAAUACUGUGGUCAACUGGAAUACGUCUUCCCUGUCUCUGUGUCUCCGAGUCUUCUGAACCUGGAACAGAUGACUAUAGUUACUAGCAAUUUAAGGCAAAUAUUUUACAGUGGAGAAGGAGAUGCUCUCACCAGAGAUGGCAUCAUCAACUUCCCUCGGCUAAGAAAAUUGUCUCUUUCAAAUUGCAGCUUCUUCGGUCCAAAGGAUUUUGCUGCCCAGUUGCCUUCUUUGCAAGAGUUAACCAUUGAUGGCCAAGAAGAAUCGGGUAAUUUGUUGGCACAGCUCCAAGGCUUAACAAGUUUGGAAGCAUUACAGUUGUCCUCCCUGCCUGUGCCUGACAUGAGGUGUAUGUGGAAGGGUCUCGUGCUGAGGCAUUUGACUACUUUGGUGGUGAGGAAAUGUGAGAGACUGACACAUGUAUUUACAGGCAACAUGAUUGCUAGUCUGGUUCAACUAGAAGUUCUGGAGAUAUCAACUUGUGAUGAAUUGGAGCAAAUCGUAGCUAAGGAUAUUGAUGAUGGAAAUGAUCAAAUAUUGUCAGGAAGUGAUCUCCAAUCUUUAUGCUUCCCCAAUUUGUGUCGAAUUGAGAUCAAUGAAUGCAACAAGUUAACGAGUCUCUUCCCAGUAGCCAUGGCUUCAGGUCUCCCGAAGCUCCAAAUACUUAGAGUAAGCCAAUCCUCUCAACUACUGGGAGUAUUUGGGCAGGAUGAUCAUGCUUCACCUGUCAAUGUUGAGAAGGAGAUGGUGCUCCCUGAUCUGCAGGAGCUGUAUCUAGAACAAUUACCAAGGAUUGUCUACUUCAGUCGUGGAUGUUAUGAAUUCUUAUUCCCUCGACUGGAGACGUUGAAGGUGCGUCAAUGUCCAAAGCUGACCACAAAAUUUGCUACUACAACAAAUGGUUCAAUGAGUGCUCAAUCAGAGGUAUCUCAAGUAGCUGGGGGUUCAAGCAUUGGUCGCUCCGUGCCACCCAACACUCGUAGAAUGUGGACCCGAUAUAAUGGGUGGGAGGAAGAGGAGGAGGAAGGUGAAGAGGAGGAGGAAGAGGAAGGUGAAGAGGAGGAGGAAGAGGGUAUAAUAAGAUUAAUUGGUUUUUUUCAUGAUGGUGAUAGGUUGGCUGGUUACCUCUUCAUGUGAUGAUUUCACGGAGAAUCAUGUCUUUGAGCGGUGGUGCUGCGAGUAUUCUUUUAAUUCGUGGAAGUAAUUUCAACUGUUUCAUUGGCAAUGAGAUACAAUUUGGCUAUACAUUGUAACAGUCAUAUUUACCAUACAACUCCUAAAAGAAGGAUAUUGAACUUCUAGAAAAUAAAGGCGUAUGUCCUGUUGUGUCUUUAGUCAUUUAUUGUGCGAACCUCAAGAAAUAAGGGCGUAUGUUUGCUUGCCCAUUUGUGUUUCUUUUCAAGUGUGUGAACCUUCAAAAACAAGUGAAGGGCAUAAUGUUACUCAUGUGUGUGCUUAUUGUUUAA